AGGUAGGAGACACUCAACAAACAUGGCCGCCAGUAAACCAAAAUAUCCACCGGGCUCUCCUCAAGAGCAUAUAGAAAUGUGUAAAACCCACGAUUUACCUAUUGAUGUUAUAUGUGAGGACUGUGAUGAAUUCAUUUGUGGUAAGUGUGCCAGAACAGAUCAUAAAGAACAUGAAUGGAGCACUAUACCCACGGCAGCCAGCCAAAGAAGGAGAGGUCUACUUAACUUACUGAAGAAGAUCAAGGAAGAGAAUCUGCCUGGGAUUGAAGAAAUGCUGGAGAAAGUUUCAGAUAAGAUCACAGAAAAUAAAGAACUGUGUGACUCUGAGAUUAAAAAGCUUCAGAAGCAUGUUGAUGAGAUAAUGGCAAGUUUGACAGAAAUCAGGAAAAAUAAUGAACGAAGAUUAACAGAGGAUUUGGAGGAAAAAAAUAAAAAGUUGAACAGUGUGAAAUCUGAGCUAAACAAAAAGAAGGAAGAAAUAGAAGAGAUGGUCAAGUUUAUGGAGGAUAACAACAGAACCAUGUCUGAUUACAGUUUCAUUGACAACCACAGGGAACUGACUGAAAAGCUGACUGGUCAGGAUGGUAAUUUUAACAAUUUUAAUUAUUCAUUAAGAUACGUUAAAGGAGAAAUCAGUGACGAGGUGAUGGAGAAUAUGAUAGGAAAAAUUCAGGAUUUAAACAAUAUCACUUUGAUUGAAACAAGCUCAUUUAAAUAUGGAGAUCAACGAAUAUUUGUGUCGAAGGCAUUGUGUGAAGAUCAGUGUUACGUAGGAGAUAUAAAGUCACCUUACAUUGAACAAGUAAACAAAGAUGGUGAGAAAAAAGUUAAAUGUAAUAUCAGACCUAAUGAUCUGUAUGUGACUGAUACUGGUGAUGUUUAUUUCACUGACGUUAGUAACAAUGCCAUCAGCUGUCUGUCACCAUCAGGAUCUGUGUCUACAGUCGUCAGUACAGAUCCACUGGAAGCAUUGGGCAUCUGUCAGUCAGUGGACGGUGGACUACUGGUCACCUUGAGAGACAAGAAAUCAGAUCGCUUUAAAUUAGCGCCACAAAGCAGACGUCUGGUGAGACACAUCACAAUGACAGGUGACGUCAUCCAUGAGUAUGAGUACCAGGAGGGCGGUCAGACCAGUCUGUUUACAAUGCCAGGCAGAAUCACACAGAACAGUAACAGUGAUAUCUGUGUUGUGAACCGUACAAGUGGCAGUACAGGUGAACUAGUGAUUUUGUCUCCCUCUGGUCGUAUGAAGUCUGUCUACCGUGGACAGAACCUGACAGAAGCCUUUAAUCCAGAUGAUGUAGCGUCUGACUCCCUCUGUAACAUCCUUGUUACUUACUUUUACAACAGACAGAUCCAUCUUCUGAGUCCUGACGGGGAGUUCCUGAAGUUCUUACUCCAGGAAAAUGAAGUAAACCAUCCAGUCAGAUUAUCACUUUACAAGUCUUCACUGUGGGUGGGAUACUAUGAAGGACUUGUCAAAGUGUUUAAAUACACAGUGUAAUUAACUGGAAUUGUGAUUUAUCAUCCUGUGAAAUCGUAACAGAUGCCAUAAAAACAUCAUUGUAUUCAAUCAUUA